AUGAUGGGAUCAUACUGGAGUGCCCACGAGUGUGAAGAAUGCCCAUGCAGCUCCCUCUCUAUAAAAAUCAUAAGGAUGAGAAAUCUGAGAAAGGCAGAUCUGUUUAGUCAAGCUGAUUGCUAUGUAAGCCUGUCCUUGCCCACUGCUUCCUCUGAGACCGUCCGGACCAGAACCAUCAAGAACUGCAAAGAUCCAGUGUGGAAUGAAAUAUUUUGCUUCAGGAUCCAAAGCCAAGUAAAAAAUAUUCUUGAGCUGAAAGUCUAUGAUGAAAAUACAAUCACUAAAGAUGAUCUCCUCUUCACUGUCCUCUUUGAUGUUGCUAAAAUACCGCUUGGAGAAAAUGUUCGCUUGACUUUUCAGCUAAAUCCAGAGACACAGGAGAUGCUGGAAGUUGAGUUUGCAUCAGAGAGCAUUCCAGUUCCUCCUGAAAAGCUUAUCAGUAAUGGUGUCUUGGUGUCUCGUGAAGCUUGCUGCUUGGAAGUUCUUGUGGACAAUAGACAGAAGAAAGUAGCUUCAGAAAAAGACUUCCUGUUCACAGUGAAGGGAUCCUAUGAACAGAAUCAGACCCUGUCAGUGGGCUCUUCUCUGCAACCCCCAAGGCCUCUCAUCUUCCAUUAUCUCAAAUAUGGUCUGGCAGAGCUACGCAUGGCUCUGGCAGAAAAGAAGCCACGUUUCUGCUUGUAUACCUCAGGUGAAGAGAAAAAAAACUGCGUUGCAUCCCUCACUGUUCCUCUGGAUUCACUUCCCUUCAAGGAGAAAGUAGCAGUGGCAAAGAAUGAAACAGUCAAUUUACAUGUAAAGUCAAUGGACUGGUCAAGAAACCUUGAUGUUCGCUUGGAGUUUGAUCUAUGCAUGGAGGAGAAAAUUUUCCUACAGAAACGGAGGAAGUUGGUGGCUUCUGCCCUGAAAAAAGCACUUAACUUAGAACAGGACCUACAAGACCAUGAGGUUCCAGUUGUAGCAGUCAUGACAACAGGCGGUGGCACUCGGGCACUGACAUCUUUGCUAGGCAACCUGCUGGGUCUUCAAAAGUUGGGUCUCUUAGACGCUAUUUCUUACAUCACUGGGUCAUCUGGCUCAACAUGGACAUUGGCACAUUUGUAUCAGAGUCCUGACUGGUCACACAAGGAUAUCUCUGGACCAAUUCGUGAAGUCCGCAGACACAUGACCAAGAGCAAGCUGAGCUGCUUUUCCCUGGAGAGCUUAAAGUACUACGACCAAGAGCUAAAGCUGCGGAAGCAAGAAGGAUACCAGAUCUCUAGCAUUGAUUUCUGGGGGCUGCUGCUGGAAAGAGCAUUAAGUGAUGGGAAAAACAAUCACAAACUGUCUGAUGAGAGACGGGCAUUAACUCAAGGUCAGAAUCCCCUGCCAAUCUACAUGAUCCUCAACAUCAAAGAUGACUACAGCCUUUCAGAGUUUAAAGAAUGGGUUGAGUUCACACCUUAUGAGGUUGGGUUUUUAAAAUAUGGUGCCUUCAUUCGUGCAGAAGAUUUUGGCAGCAAGUUCUUCAUGGGUCGCUUGAUGAAGAAGCUUCCUGAGUCUCGGAUCUGCUUCAUGAAAGGCCUGUGGAGCAAUGUCUUUUCAUACAACCUUUUGGAUGCUUGGCAUUCAUCAGAUCCUUCAGAAGGGUGCUCACUGAGGUGCACUCAACCCACAGCUGUUGAUGUUGAAGGAGAUGAGCCUUCUCCAGCAGUCAGGAGCCAUGAGUUGGAGACUUACAUAGUCACCCCUGAAUGUGGCAUCAUGGGCAUUGUUCGGGAAGUCCUGACUGAGCGAGUAAUGGUCUCAAAGUUCUUCAACUUCCUAAAAGGGUUCCAGAUGCACAAUGAAUACCUUCAGAGCAAAAGCUUUUGUAUAUGGAAAGAUACUGUGCUAGAGAACUUCCCCAACCAGUUGACAGAAACAGCAGAGUUCCUGUGCCUUGCAGACACAGCAGGAUACAUUGAUAUCAGCUACCCACCACUCAUGAGGCCAGAGAGGAAAGUGGAUGUUGUCCUACACUUAAACUAUUCUUCUGGAUCACAGACAUCGCCUUUGGAAGAAGCCUCAAAGUACUUCUCAAAACAGGGAAUUCCAUUUCCAAAAAUCCACCUGAGUGAAGAGGAGAAGAAAAAUCUAAAGGAGUGCUACGUCUUUGAAGAUGCAGAGACUCCGGAGGCACCAACAGUGGUGUUUUUCCCUCUGGUGAAUGACACAUUCAGAAAGUACAAAGAACCAGGUGUGGAGCGCAGCUCCGCUGAGAUGGCACAGGGCAAUGUGGAUGUUUCCGGCCUUUUUUCCCCAUACUGCAUAAACAGCUUUACCUACACAGAGGAGCAGUUUGACAAUCUGGUAAAACUGACCAGCUACAACAUUCAGAAUAACAAGCAUCUGAUUCUUCAGGCUUUGAAUUCAGCAAUAGAGCAGAAACGACAACACAAAAAAUAAAUGCUGUCCUGAAUUUCAGAAAGAUGUCUGUAUCACUUUUUCUCCCCUGCAGAAGAAUCAGCAUCUGCUGGUGAAUGAAUAUAUGGACUUGGGAAAGUAUUGAGACUUAUCUCAGCUUGUGAUUCCUCUACACCAAGUAGCAAUCAAAUGAAACAAUGAUAACUCUCAUGCUUUAUUAAAGUGGGUUUGCACUGCUAGUGAAUGGUGUUUUUUUUUCAUGUAUAUAUAUACAUAUAUGUAUACACAGUAAAUUAAAGGUUAGAAAAUAUGGGGUUUAUUGAUGGUUUUUUUUUGAAUUUAUGAAUGUGGAACAGCAACACAACUUCUUGCAAAAACACUAGUGAAAAAUUAUAUGUGAAGAUGAAUGAGCUACAGGUAUUUAAUAUAUUUCAAAUUCAGUGCAAUUAGAAAAAAUAUGGAACAAAUGUAGGCAAUCCCAAGGGAAAGAGAUAGCUAAAUUUUGUUAUAACAUCAGCAUUAAAUUUAAUUGCAAAUAGCACACAAAACUAAACAUAAAAAGAUAUAGAAGAGCCAAGAUUGACUGUGUAAGAUGCAGAAUUUCUAUACUUCUGAAUUUACAAGUUGUAUUAUGCCAGCAAAAUUUGGGUUUGGAAAAUCCUAUGGAAGUGAUCAUUCCAAACCCUCUAGAGAGUCACAAGCUGCUCUUCUGGUGCAUGCAUAAGCACCUGACCUGAGGUUGUGUUUUUCAUUGAAUAUUUGUGAUGUUCAGAGUAUCCAGCUCAGCAUCUACUUCCCAUUAGUUUCAACGGGUCUAAUAGUAUUUCUUGUUAUUACAGAUAAGGAUGCUGUGAGAAUAAAAAUGUUAAAAACAGAAAUAUUCAGAUUUUGUGGUAAGGGAACAAGCUAAGUGUUUUAAACUGAUAUCCAUGGAUAAUUCAUGAAUAAUUACAUAGUUUUUUCAGUCCUUGAGUGUAUACAAGUAAUACAGGCUUUGUGCAACUACUAUAAAUAUCACAAGGCAAUUUAUUGAGAUCACUUAUCUGUUAAAUGAAGAUCAAAAUAUUUAUUUGCUUUAUGAAAGAUUUUAAUAAUGCAAAACUCUGCAAACCCAUCUGUAAAGAAGAUAAUGCUUCAGCCAGUAUCAGAUGCCCUUAAGUAGUUCAAAUUUAAAUGAAACACAGUGACUUGUCUGUGUUGAAGUAACAUAUGUUGACACACUCAGAGCUGUGUGUGGUUUGUUGUAAAUGAU